GCGGCCGCUGGGCGGUUUGUGUUCGGAGGACGGAUCCAUCGAUGCACUGACGGCUCGGUCCGGCGGCAGCGGAGCUUCGUUUUCGGCCAGCAAGCCGAAGCGGCUGCGUUAGGGGGGCUCGAUCGCUCAAGAGUUCCAUAUCACUAUCAAUGGAAGGAGCCACUGGGGAAGGUGACAUAUUUACGGUGAAACAUGAGCUGAAAGAUGCCAACCUAACUGGCCACGUGGAGAAGGUUGGAAUCGAGAAUUUCGAGCUGCUUAAAGUGCUAGGCACUGGGGCCUAUGGGAAGGUGUUCCUGGUGCGCAAGGUCAGCGGCCAUGACGUGGGCCAGCUGUAUGCCAUGAAGGUGCUGAAGAAGGCCACCAUCGUGCAGAAGGCCAAGACGAGGGAGCACACGCGCACCGAGCGGCAGGUCCUGGAGCACAUCCGCCAGUCGCCCUUCCUGGUCACGCUGCACUACGCCUUCCAGACUGACACCCGGCUGCAUCUCAUCCUAGAUUACGUUAGCGGGGGGGAGCUGUUCACACACCUGGUGCAGAGGGUCCGCUUCAAGGAGCAGGAGGUGGCGCUGUACAGCGGUGAGAUCGUGCUGGCCUUGGAACACCUGCACCAGCUGGGUAUUGUCUACCGAGAUCUGAAACUGGAGAAUAUUUUACUGGAUUCAAGUGGCCACAUUGUGCUAACAGACUUUGGUCUCAGCAAAGAGUUUGAUGAGGUCAAGAGGACGUACUCCGUCUGUGGAACUAUAGAGUAUAUGGCUCCUGAGAUUGUGGAAGGGGGUGACGCUGGCCAUGACACAGCGGUGGACUGGUGGAGCCUGGGGGUGCUGAUGUAUGAGCUCAUGACAGGGGGGUCCCCCUUCACCGUGGACGGACGUGAGAACUCUCACACGGAUAUUUCCAGGAGGAUACUCAAGAGAGACCCCCCAUUCCCAAAAGACAUGGGAUCCCCAGCCAAAGACAUCAUCCAAAGACUGCUCACCAAAGACCCCCAGAAAAGGCUGGGGGCUGCUGGGGCAGACAGUGUGAAGGGACACCCUUUUUACCAGAAGAUUAACUGGGAGGAUCUGGCUGCUAAGAAGGUUCCGGCACCAUUCAAGCCAGUUGUCCGGGACGAGCUGGAUGUCAGCAACUUUGCGCUGGAAUUUACCGAGAUGGAUGCCAUGUACUCCCCCGCCGACCUGCCUCAGAGCUGCGACCGCAUCUUCCAAGGUUACUCCUUCAUGGCUCCCUCCAUCCCCUUCAAGCGCAACGCCGCUGUGGAUGACCCGGCCCAGCUGCAGGAAGGCUUGGAACGGCCCGGUUCUGCUGCUUUGGCGCGCAGUGCCAUGAUGAAGGCCAUCCUGACAGCCGACACCAUUCAGGGCCACCAGAGGAGAGCCAGGCCGCUGGAGCACUUCUGGGUGGCCUGCUAG